UGCACCCAGGGUCUGCCUUUAUUUAAGGUGGCCAGAGGAGAGACUCGGUGAGCGUCUCAGGCUUCAAGUCCUUCUUGUCCAACGGUUUACAAGACUCGAAAAUGGCCAUCACUGCAACCGAGACCGCAGUCGAGAGUGCAAUUGAGCUCACUGAUUUAGCCCAUGGGAGCAGCCAUGAGGUUGUUGGCCCUCAUGAGAUGCAGCCAGAGGAAGGACCAGUCGAGGGCCUUAGUAAGAUGGCUUACUUGAGGCUGAUCAGCGCGGGAUUCUCCUUUUUUGUCGCCGGUACCAAUGAUGGCAGCAUUGGAGCCCUGAUACCCUAUGUCAUCCGCGAGUACAAUGUUAGCACGGCAAUUGUAUCAAGCGUAUAUGGCGCCAAUUUUUUCGGCUGGCUGUUUGCAGCCUUUGCCAACACGCAUCUCUGCCAGUAUCUCAACCUCGGCGCGAUGCUUGCCCUCGGGGCGCUGUUCCAAAUCAUCGCCCAUGCACUCAGAUCUUGGGACCCUCCAUUUGGGCUUUUCGUUGUGACUUUUUGGUUUGUGAGCAUCGGGCAGGCUUUCCAAGACACGCACGCAAACUCCUAUGUCGCCGGCGUCAAAUCUUCUCACCGCUGGUUGGCAUUUAUUCAUGCCAUGUACACGGCUGGCAGCUUGGUUGGGCCAUUUGUCUCUACCGCCGUCGCGUCAUCGGGGCAGGUGUCUCGAUGGUAUUUGUAUUACACGUUUCCUUUGGGACUGGGAGUUGUUAAUCUUGCUUUGACUUGCAUUGCGUUCCGAGAUACACUUGGGUUUGUGCGCAAGGCUGCAGCAAGCGACAAUCAUGAGCAUGAGAGCCCGGACGUUGACCAAAGCACUGAAACAGUAUCAAGGAACAAGAAUGCCACUCAGCUUAUCAGAAAGACCACCAGCACGUUGAGCGUCUGGUUGCUAAGUCUGUUCUUUUUCUUCUACCUUGGCUCAGUUCUUACGGCCGGCGGAUGGGUUGUGGAGUACUUGGUCAGAGUUCGCCACGGCGAUUUAUCACAAAUGGGUUUCGUCCCCGCCGGAUUCAGCGGCGGCGCACUGCUUGGACGGCUACUGCUGGCAGAGCCGACGCAUAGAUAUGGCGAGCGCCGAAUGGUAUUUGGUUAUAUCGCUGCAGCGUUUGUCUUCCAGCUGAUCUUCUGGUUGGUACCAAAUAUCAUUGCAGCUUCUAUCGCAGUCAGCUUCAUCGGCUUCUUUACGGGGCCACUCUUUGCUACCGGUAUUUCUCUUGGGUCAAAGCUAUUUCCCCCGGAGAUACGCUCCACCGCCCUGCCAUUAGUGUUUGUGUUUGCUCAAAUGGGUGGCUCGCUUUUCCCUAUUAUUACAGGAGUGGUAUCUGCCAAUGCCGGCGUCAAGGUAUUGCAGCCAAUCUUGGUUGCUUUACUUGCCACUACAGCCAUAACGUGGCUGUUGGUUCCAUCGCCAAAGGCAACGCCAAAUGCUGCCCUGCAUCAAGAGUGAUUAGUGCUACGCAACCUGGCCCAGGAUGUCUCCGUAGUGCCACACAGACCAUGGCACGCAUCAGGCUUUAGAAGAGUGCCGAUGGUAUACUAGACGCGGAUCGGCGAUUUGCUCCGUCUAGGCCAACAGUUGAACCAUCAACGUGGCGCGUUACGCGUGCCAUGCCUUGUUAAUAGAGAAGUUUAUAGAGCACGGAAUGCUAUGCUUUGUUUUCCUCUCCCCGCUGCGGUGACCAUUAUAACAAGCCAGUUAUGUAGCAUUUUCAUAAUUCUUGGAUAGCUUUUAUGUACUAUUCCCAGCACGAGAGGUAUAUGCAGUAUAGCUUUUAUCCACACAUUUAGUAUACCCAAGUAUCU